UUACAUAGCUUGUUGUCCGUUGCUAUCAACCUGCCGCAACUUCAAGUGUGUUUAGUCACUCAUGCAUUUGUCAUUUUUAGGUAAAUUAUACUUUAGCAGUCUGCGACAAUUAAGUAAUCAAAGCGUUAAAAUUAAGCUGCAUUUUUUUACAUUUCGUGUUAACUGCAUGCGGGUUGGUCUCUAGUCGACACAGUCAUUGCCCGUUUUUUACCCCUGUGGUUGCGGUCUGGCCUUAGCCGCGGCUGCGAAUCAGCUUAAUCUUUUCUCAGUAUCGUCCUGCAUUGAAACAUGUUUAUUUUAUAAAUAUGACGGUGAGAGGGACCCUGUAAACUAAAUGACUGUCAGAAAUAUCGCCUCCAUUUGUAAUAUGGGCACCAAUGCCUCUGCUCUGGAGAAAGACAUUGGUCCGGAGCAGUUCCCAAUCAACGAACACUACUUUGGAUUGGUCAACUUCGGCAACACGUGUUACUGUAACUCGGUGCUUCAGGCCCUGUACUUCUGCCGGCCCUUCCGGGAGAACGUGCUGGCCUACAAGGCCCAGCAGAAGAAGAAGGAGAACCUGCUCACGUGUCUGGCAGACCUCUUCCACAGCAUCGCCACCCAGAAGAAAAAGGUGGGAGUCAUCCCGCCCAAGAAGUUCAUCUCACGCCUGCGCAAGGAGAAUGACCUGUUUGACAACUACAUGCAGCAGGACGCCCAUGAGUUCCUCAACUACCUGCUGAACACGGUGGCAGACAUCCUGCAGGAGGAGAAGAAGCAGGAGAAGCAGAACGGCCGCCUCAAGAACAACGGCACGGCGGUCACCACGGAGACGGAGCCCGAGAACAAGCCCACGGAACCCACCUGGGUGCAUGACAUCUUCCAGGGAACUUUGACCAAUGAGACGCGCUGCCUCAACUGUGAGACGGUGAGCAGCAAAGAUGAGGACUUCCUGGAUCUGUCUGUGGACGUAGAGCAGAAUACUUCAAUAACACACUGUCUUAGGGACUUCAGUAACACAGAGACAUUGUGCAGUGAAUACAAAUACUACUGUGAGGCAUGCUGCAGCAAGCAGGAGGCCCAGAAACGGAUGCGGGUUAAGAAGUUGCCUAUGAUCCUGGCCCUGCACCUGAAGCGGUUCAAGUACAUGGAGCAGCUGCACCGAUACACCAAGCUGUCGUAUCGCGUCGUCUUCCCUCUGGAGCUCCGCCUCUUCAACACCUCUGGAGACGCUACCAACCUCGACCGCAUGUAUGACCUGGUCGCUGUGGUCGUCCACUGUGGCAGUGGACCCAACAGAGGACACUACAUCACCAUAGUGAAGAGUCACGGCUUCUGGCUGCUGUUUGAUGAUGAUAUCGUGGAGAAAAUCGAUGCCCAGGCCAUCGAGGAGUUCUAUGGGCUGACGUCAGACAUCUCAAAGAACUCUGAGUCUGGAUACAUCCUCUUCUACCAGUCCAGGGAGUAAAUGGAGUAAACACCCAGCCAACCAGAGCCCCUUAGAGAGAAUGAUGGGAACUUUGACCCUUACCUGAACCCUGUCUGAGAUGUGUGCCAACACCAUUCCCUAUCCCACGGCCUGCCCUGGGUCUGCCUGCACUUAAUUUCCCAUAACCCCCUUCCCUCCCUGCACUCAGCAUACUGGGAGGACUCUGCCAACUGUGUUUUGCCCUUCAGCCACAUGCAACAAAAAAACAAACAGUCACAACAACAAGAACAAGGGGGAAAAGGAAGAUCCAACAGGCUGGUGUGUGAUGCCUGUUUGUCCCAGCAUGGGUCACUCUCCUGGGGUCUGCCUGGCAUACAGAGCUGGCUGGACUGGUACAGAUACAAUCUUCUUUCCAACAGCAGUCUGUAUCCUUUAUAUAUCUGUAUAGUAUGUCUAUUUUCACGUAAUGUCACACGCUCAUAAAUCAUUUUAGUAGGGUUAUCCUGUGACCUUAUAUUUGUCCUGCCCAUAGAAGUCUUCUACCUGGGGUAUAGCUAGAGCUGGGAUGGAAGUUCAAGUGAAAGAUAAACUAGGUGAUAGAGAGUCUAUGCAUAUGGUGUAGCUGAAAUGCAUAUUUCAGUGUUAACAGUUUAAGCUGGUGUGGAUUCGAGUUGACUUGAGUUGUGACCAAGCCAAACCUUUUCAUUGCGGUGCUGAGAAAUUGUAGUCCCACAGAAGACCAGGCUUGCAUGUACAAACUACAGCUCUACUAGUCUAGAAUAAUCUGGUUUAGUUCAUGCCCAGUUCAUUAUCUGUCUAGUCCUUGUUGUGCAAAACACUAUUUAUUGCUCUUAUUUUAUUCAUGUUGGGGAGUUGUGAUGUUGAGUGUGCUGGUAGGCGGAGGAUAUUGUGUGUCAGACUCCAUCUUGUCUUGUGUAUGUGACGUCUCCCCCUUACAGAGUCCUGUAGGUAAUUCGCAUACAGAGCUUUCUGGGGUUGAAUUGAACUUUGACAACGUCUUUUUCUUUUUAGCUCUAGUUUGAAGUAUGUGGAUGGCUGAGCUCUGUCAGAAGAACCACAUGAGGUUAAGACGAAGGGGUCAAAAUCCACAGGUCAAGGCGUCCUUGAACUGCACUGUUUUUCACAGUGAGAUCGGUGCAAUAGGAGGAGCUGAAAUGAGCUGAUAAGAUGUUGACUUCCCUGUUGAAGCGAAUAUAGAUAUGAAAUUCUGGUGUGUUUUUUUGUUACCAGCUGGUUUCCUCCCAGUCGUGUGUAUCUGUGUGUGAGAUGGAUCAACGGAGGUGGAACUCCUUUGCUAGGUGCGAUAUGGGGCUGCAGUUCACACACUGCAAACGUUGGUUUGAUGUUACUUAGAACCGUUUAGUUCUUCUGCAGUGACGCCAGAGUCUGAGUAUUGAUAUUGGUCAGUCCUUUGUUGAAGUCAUCACAUGUGUUCUAUCACCAUCUUAUUUAGCCUCGUCCCUUCCAUUGUUAGGCACUUGACUUGGAACCAAUGGUCUUUACUCAGAAGCUGUGCCUGGCAGAUACUUCUAUUAAGUUGUGUUUAGUGUAAAGGUGACCAGUGGUCUAUAUAGACUGAUGAUUUACCAUCCCAUAAGGUUAGGGCCACGUACUGUAGAGUAGAACUAUAUCAAAGGCCAUAUAGAGAUAUUUGAAGACUCAGUGCUGCUCAGACUGUCCUAUGGCACUCUAAUUUACUGUAAUACUGAAAGAAUAUUGACCCAAAUGCAUCUCGCUUUAAAGAGAUGCUCCGGAACUUUGGCGACUACUAAGUAUUCUUUAAACCUCCCGCUUUGGGCUGGAUGUGUCAGUGUAGUUUAUACAUGCAGAAUUACUAUUAUACCUAAAUUAGCCACAAAAUCCCUAGUUUGAAAGCGAUUAUUUCUGGAAUUUGUGCUGUGCCAUUUUCCUACAGCCCCCUAGCAAUUCGAGUUCUAGCCAAUGAGCUUCAGACCUUCGCCAUUUGAGUCAAAUCUGCACAUAUGCAAUGUAGUACACCAUUUUCAGGGAACACAUUUGUCUCGUGAGAGCUACUUUCAGAACUACUGGAUAAAAAGUAUACAAAUGUACUGGAGAGUCUCUUUAAAUUAGAAGUAGAGAUGAUUUGGGUUGUGUGUGAGGUUGAGUGUGCCUCCUCCUUUUAUAUGUGAGUUAGCAUGUAAUGUGUGAGAGUGUGCUGAAGCAUCUAGAUGGUUAACUGACCAUUUCCUUCUGUUUAGUAUAACUGGGUAAAGUCAAUGAUGAAUAUGUGCCAAUCUGGAGUCACUAAUGACCUUGCAAAACUGGACAGGAACUCUUACAGAACACUAUUUUCUCUGCUAAGAUACAAGUGUACAUACAUUAUGUAGGAAAUAUAUUUUUUAAAAACCUAGAAGCUAAAACACUAAGAGAAAGAGGAGUUAACUAGAAAAUAAAAACAAACCCUGUAAAGAAAUAUGGAGCUGCUUUACAAUCAGUCAAACACAUAAUCAAUUCAUCACACAAUAGUUACACAAUCGAGGAAUGUCACAACCAGUCACAUUGGGGUUCAAGAGAAUUAGCCAGAGCUGUUUGAGGCAUUUUAAACGUUAUGAUGGGAAGAGAUACUGUGUGUGCUAAUCUUCCAAUGACUGUUCUGCACACACCCUCGCUCAGAUGCUGUCUUAUUGUGCUCCUGACGUGGUCAGUCUAGAAAUGUGAAGUGUUCUACCUAUGGUGCAGUGCCUAGAGAUGAAUACGUACUGUACUAGCAUGUCUAUGUUGGUAAGAGGAGAAGUUGAAGGGAAAUCCAGUUAGCUACUCUCAAUUCCAAUUAGUUGUUUGUAAACUGAAAGUGCACUUUACUAGUGAUGAGCUUAAAUGCUUUAAUGAGAGCCACAGUCUGAGUACUUUUUGGAGUUCCUUGCCCUCUGUUCAAUAAAAGGACUAUCUACUAAGACAC